GGGAGGCAUGGCCCUGAAGGAAAGCGGCGGCGGCCCCGGCGCGACCACCACCACCACCACCACCAUCCUCCCCAUCAGCGAGAUGGUCUCGGGCUGUUCCUCCGCGGCCGCCCCGUCGUCGGGCUGCGCUUUCCCCGAGGUGGUGGAGCUGAACGUGGGCGGCCAGGUGUACGUGACCCGGCAUUCCACCUUGCUGAGCGUCCCGGAGAGCACCUUGGCGCAGAUGUUCUGCCCUCGACGGAGCGGCGGCCGGGAGCUGCCCCGCGACAGCCGCGCCCGCUUCUUCAUCGACCGCGACGGCUUCCUCUUCAGGUACGUCCUGGAUUACCUGCGGGACAAGCAGGUGGCUCUGCCCGAGCAUUUCCCGGAGAAGGAGCGGCUCCUGCGCGAAGCCGAACAUUUCCAGCUGGCCGAGCUGGUCAAGCUCCUGUCCCCCAGAGUGGCCAAGCAGGGCUCGCUUAACGACGAAGGCUGCCAGAGCGACUUGGAGGAAAGCGCCUCGCCCGGCAGCGGGGAGCUCUUAGUACCUGCGCCUCCCCGGGCAGGGGAGAGGCGAGCGGGCUUCCUCACCGUGGGCUACCGGGGCUCCUACACGGCGGUGCGGGACAACCAAGCGGACGCCAAGUUCCGACGGGUGGCUCGGAUCAUGGUCUGCGGCCGCAUCGCUCUGGCCAAGGAGAUCUUCGGCGAGACGCUCAACGAGAGCCGCGACCCCGACAGGCCGCCCGAGAAGUACACCUCCCGCUUCUACCUGAAGUACACCUACCUGGAGCAGGCCUUCGACCGGCUCUCCGAGGCCGGCUUCCACAUGGUCGCCUGCAACUCCACCGGCACCGCCGCCUUCAUCAACCAGUACAGGGAGGAUAAGGUCUGGAGUAGCUACACCGAGUACAUCUUCUACCGGCCACCCCAGAGGACGGUGUCUCCCAAGCAAGAACACGAAGAUCGGAAACCCGAAAAGGUGACGGACAAAGGAAGCGAGAGUGGAACGUCCUGCAAUGAAUUGUCCACAUCCAGUUGUGAGAGCCAUUCUGAAGCCAGCACGCCUCAAGAAAAUGCUACAAGCGCUCAGCCGCCUACGGGCCACGAGUCCAAUACCCUGACGUUGGAUCGCCCAUCGAAGAAAGCUCCGGUUCAGAAAAUGCCUCCACCGGACAAACGUCGAAACAGUGAACUUUUCCAGACUCUGAUGAGUAAAUCCAGAGAAAUAAACCUCUCCAAGAAGAAGGUCUCCGAGAAGCUCAACGUUGAGGAAGAGAUGAAAAAAUGCAUUCAGGAUUUUAAAAAUAUUCAAAUCCCCGACGAUUUCCCGGAAAGGAAACGUCCGUGGCAAUCUGAACUGUUGCAAAAAUAUGGACUAUAGUUUUUUCGGUAGUGAAUCUCAUGUCCCUGGUGAUUUAAGUGUCUAUUCCAUUGCCGGUUACUUGUGGUUCUACUCCUUGGAGUUCUGCGGCUUCUUUCUUCUUUCUGUGAACUGGAUGUUGGAUAGGACAUGGGUUGACUGUUUUUUCCCCCCUUUCUUUUUCUUUUUUUUUUAAAAGGAUACAAUUAAUGAAAAUAAAACCUAGAUCGUUUUAUAAUAGUUAACAAAGUGCAUGGUCAAGACAUUUGAGGUUUAAGCCUCCUCAUAAGUGGUGGGUUUCAAUUUUUUUUACUACCGGUUCUGUGGGUGUGGCUUGGUGGGCGUGGCAUGGCUUGGUGGGCGUGGCAGGGGAAGGAUACUGUAAAAUCUCCAUUCCCUCCCCACUCCAGGGCAAGGUUACUGCAAAAUCCCCAUUUCCUCCCGAUCAGCUGGGACUUGGGAGGCAGAGAAUAGAUGGGGGUGGGGCCAGUCAGAAUUUUUACUACCAGUUCUCCGAACUACUCAAAAUUUCCGCUACCGGUUCUCCAAACUACUCAAAAUUUCCGCUACCGGUUCUCCAAACUACACAAAAUUUCUGCUACCGGUUCUCCAAACUACUCAAAAUUUCCGCUACCAGUUCUCCAGAACUGGUCAGAACCUGCUGAAACCCACCUCUGCUUCUCAUCCAUGGAAUAAAUAUAUCAUCUGGUCGCGCACCAUUUUAUAUACAUAAUAGUAGUGAUAUAAAGUUCCACAGCACAAAAGGAUGGGUCUAAGGCAGGGGUGGGGAACAGUGUCCCUUUUAUGACUUGUGGACUUCAAUUCCCAGAAUU